AUGGCGCUGGGAAUGCGUACAGUCGUGACCACACUGGAGCAUGGCAGCUACACCCUGGGAUCGCACAGACGGUUGCACGUCUCGCAACCUGAUCCUUUUGCACACACUGGGCUGAACAGUACUGUGUCACUCACUCCGAGGACCAAUGGAACUUGCCCCCAGGGUUAUCAGACCCAGCCCACUCCGCCAUUCACCUAUCCACUUGACACCCCAGCCCAAUUCUCUGCCCAGCGUCGGCACCACCCUUCACCUUCACCCAUUGCGAGUGGUUUGCAACUCACUUGGCGUGAAUCUGACCAUGAUACCAUUGACCCUGCCCUCCGGCCGCUGCCUCACAGUGCCGAUCUGGACUUGACUGACCCAGUGGUCAUUGCCAAGGCAAAUGGCUAUACUGCUGCCUCGAAAACGGCUGGUGCCCAUCAAAAGGCCCACACCACCAAAGGAAAGGGCAAGGGAAACUCACAACCCAUCAAGUGUGCCCGUGAAAUCACAGCUGAUGAUGAUGGCAAUAUCAGGGUCAAGUGUGGGUGCCCGUCAGGCUCUAACAAUUAUACUACUGCUGACAUCAAUGCACUUCUCGACUUGGUCGAAAGGGAAAAGCCACUGUUACGACUUGGAUGGUAUCUGUUGGCGACAGCUCAAACAGAGCGUGUGUCAUCAACGGUCGAGGACGUCCUUGGGCUAGCCCAAGGUUAG